UUUGGGUGUCCUUUACCACAAUCACGCGAAAUGUCGCCAAUACAAGACUUCUACUCCAACCAAGUAAUCCUCCUAACAGGAGUCACCGGUUUCAUCGGUAAACUUAUAGCCGAAAAACUGCUCCGAACGUGCCCUAACCUGAAAAAAAUCUACGUUUUGGUGCGCCCUAAACCUACCCGAAGCCUCGACGAACGACUGAAGGACAUUUUCGACUCAACAUGUUUCGACCUUCUGAGAUCGCAGGACCCGGAUUUUGGCAAAAAAAUCCAUCUGUUGAGUGGCGAUUGCAAAGAACCUUUCCUCGGUUUGAACUUUGAAGCUAUCGAAAUUCUGAAGGACCAAGUAACUUGUGUUUUUCACGUUGCUGCGAACGUGCGUUUUGACAUAGAUUUGAAAACUGCUGUUCACACGAAUGUUCGAGGGGUGCGUGAUCUUCUUGAGAUUAUGAAAGAGGCGAAGAACUUGAGAGCUUUUGUUUAUGUGUCGACUGCGUUUUCGCAUUGUCCGAGAACGGAAAUUCGGGAGGAGUUCUAUGGGGUUGGUACUGAUCCAGAAAAGGUGUUGCAGAUGGUGGAUUUAAUGGACGACCAAGCUUUGAUUUCUAGCCUCAUGGGUCCAUGGCCUAACACAUACGUUUAUAGUAAAGCUUUGGCAGAAGAAGUGGUUCGUAGGUACGAAAAUUGCUUUCCAAUUUGCAUCGUACGUCCUGCUAUUACCCUUUCAUGUCUAAAGGAACCUUUUCCUGGCUGGAAUGACAACUUCAACGGGCCUAUUGGUAUAAGUUUUGGUAUAGCUCUGGGGUUGUUGAGGAGUCUUCACAUGGACCCAAAAUUUCCAGCUCCGUAUGUUCCAGUUGACUUUGUUGUUAACAUCAUCUUAGCUGCAGCAUGGAACCUCGAAAAGUGCGUAGAAAAAACCACUAAUAACCCGAUUCCGAUUUACAAUUUAACUGCUGCUAAAACCAACAGCGUCACUUAUGGGUGGAUUCUAGAUUAUUACAAAACAUUCGUUUUUAAGUACCCUUUAACCAAAACUGUGUGGUACCCAUACGUCCAACUAAGCCGCUACAAAACCAUCCAUAAAAUACGAAGCUUUUUCUAUCACACUGUGUUCUCGUACAUUGUAGAUGCAAUCCUUGUGACCAUCGGCAAAAAACCACUAGCUGUAAAAAAAUAUCAAAAAGUUAACAAAACGCUUGAUCUUCUUUCGUACUUCGUGCUUCGUUCGUGGAAUUUCGACAACAGUAACGUUGACUUUUUGUGGGACCAACUCGACGAAAAAGAUAAAGAAGUGUUCAAUUUUAACAUGAAAACGGUCGAUUGGAAAUCGUAUUUCGAAGACUGUUGUGUAGGAGGGAGGGUAUUUUUGGUGAAAGACCCUUUAGAAUCGAUACCGAAAGCUAAACGAUGGAUGUAUUUCCUGGCGGGAGUUCACUACGCUUUUGUUGGAUUCGUCAUGUACGCCUGGUAUUGGUUGCUGUCCACAGUGUUUAAAAUUUUAUUUUGAAAUUAGUUUGUUAAUUUAUGGCAGAAAUAAAUUUUACCAAAAUUUU